AGGGAAGGCGCUUGCUGACCAGCCUGGAGGGGGUGAGGUCUCACUUGCCCAACUCUGGACCACUUCCCAGUGCUCCUGUCAUCAGGGCCUUGCCCUAAGCCGUCCCAGGAGCCAAAUGGGGGCGGCAGAGGGCAGGGCAGCAGGGGCAGCCCGGGCUGGGGGCUGUUGAGCCCGAGGAGGAGCCCAGCUCCUUCCCGGAAGAAGGACGAUGCACUACGCGCCCAGGUGAGUCGGAAUUGGGGUCCUGCUGCCCCGAGGGCCCGUGCUUUGUGCCUGCUGGCCCCCCAGAGCGGAGGCUGGAGCUGGCACCCGAGGGGGCGGCGGGGAGGGCGCAGGCAGCGGCUCCGAGCUCGGCGGCGGCGGCGGCAGCGGCAGCGGCAGAAGCUCGGCUCGCUGGCUGGGGUGGCAGCUUCACUCGGUCAGGACGCCUCGCCCCCUCACCACCGGCAGCGGGACCAGCUAUUUCCUGUGGCCACUGAAAUCUAACUCACCCAUGCCUAUUUCCUGUAAUGGACGAGCUUGAUGCUAAUGUGAGUUCCAAGGAGAGUUUCGGGACAGUGGAGAAAAUUGUGCUGCUCACGUUUCUCUCGGCAGUUAUCUUGAUGGCCAUCCUGGGGAACCUGCUGGUGAUGGUGGCUGUGUGCAGGGACCGGCAGCUCAGGAAAAUAAAAACCAAUUAUUUCAUUGUAUCUCUUGCCUUUGCGGAUCUACUGGUUUCGGUGCUGGUGAUGCCAUUUGGUGCCAUCGAGCUGGUUCAAGACAUCUGGAUUUAUGGGGAAAUGUUUUGCCUCGUCCGGACAUCUCUUGAUGUCCUUCUCACCACAGCUUCAAUUUUUCACCUGUGCUGUAUUUCGCUGGAUAGGUACUAUGCCAUCUGCUGUCAGCCUUUGGUCUAUAGGAACAAGAUGACCCCUCUGCGCAUCGCACUAAUGCUAGGAGGCUGCUGGGUCAUCCCAAUGUUUAUUUCUUUUCUCCCUAUAAUGCAAGGCUGGAAUAACAUUGGCAUAAUUGAUUUGAUAGAGAAAAGGAAGUUCAACCAGAACUCUAACUCUACGUACUGUAUCUUCAUGGUCAACAAGCCGUACGCCAUCACCUGCUCUGUGGUGGCCUUCUACAUCCCGUUCCUCCUCAUGGUGCUGGCCUAUUAUCGAAUCUAUAUCACAGCUAAGGAGCAUGCCCAUCAGAUCCAGAUGUUGCAACGGGCAGGAGCCCCCUCAGAGAGCAGACCACAGCAGGCAGACCAGCAUAGCACACAUCGCAUGAGGACAGAGACCAAAGCAGCCAAGACCUUGUGCAUCAUCAUGGGUUGUUUUUGCCUUUGCUGGGCUCCAUUCUUUGUCACCAAUAUUGUGGAUCCUUUCAUAGACUACACAGUUCCUGGGCAGGUGUGGACCGCAUUCCUUUGGCUUGGCUAUAUCAAUUCUGGGUUGAACCCCUUUCUCUACGCCUUCUUGAAUAAGUCUUUUAGACGUGCCUUCCUCAUCAUCCUCUGCUGUGAUGAUGAACGCUACCGAAGACCUUCCAUUCUGGGCCAGACUGUCCCCUGUUCAACCACAACCAUUAAUGGAUCCACACAUGUGCUAAGGUACACAGUUCUUCACAGUAGACAUCACCAGGAACUUGAGAAACUGCCCAUACACAAUGACCCAGAAUCCCUGGAAUCAUGCUUCUGACGGUGGACGUGGCACAUAACGAAGGCAUUCAUUCUCAUUCAUGUUUGCAUGAACAGGACACUCUGCCAUCACCCCUGAUCCUCAUCACCAUGAGUGAGCCAUGAGGCAGUGGAGCCCAGGGCCCUGGGCCCAGGGAAGGUACAGGGAGAACAGUGCUGG